CGCGGCCGCCGGAGAUUGGGCUCUCGGCGUCAGCGGCCUGGACCGCGGGGAGGCGGGCGCGGUGGAGCGGCAGCCCGCGGGGCCUGGGCCGGAGGGAGGCGCGCGCGGCGGAGCGGCGGCCCACGGACUGUCGGCACCUCAGGGUUCUAGGACAGGUCGGACAUUCUGUCACCAUGCCUGAAAUCAACACCAAUCAUCUUGAUGAGAAACAGGUUCAGCUCCUGGCAGAGAUGUGUAUUCUUAUUGAUGAAAAUGACAAUAAAAUUGGGGCUGAGACCAAAAAGAAUUGUCACCUGAAUGAAAACAUUGAGAAAGGAUUACUGCAUCGAGCUUUUAGUGUCUUCUUAUUCAACACUGAAAAUAAGCUCUUGCUACAGCAGAGAUCAGAUGCUAAAAUUACCUUUCCAGGUUGUUUUACCAAUACUUGUUGUAGUCAUCCCUUAAGUAACCCAGGAGAGCUUGAAGAAAAUGAGGCAAUUGGAGUAAGGCGAGCAGCACAAAGGCGUUUAAAGGCUGAAUUAGGAAUUCCCAUGGAACAGGUUCCUCCAGAAGAAAUUAAUUAUCUGACUAGAAUUCACUACAAGGCUCAGUCUGAUAGUAUCUGGGGAGAACAUGAAAUUGAUUACAUUUUGUUUGUGAAAAAGAACGUGACUUUGGAUCCAGACCCCAAUGAAAUUAAAACCUAUUGCUAUGUGUCAAAGGAAGAGGUGGAAGAAAUGCUGAAAAAGGCAGCCAGCGGCGAAAUUAAGAUAACUCCAUGGUUUCAAUGUAUUGCAGAAGCUUUUCUCUUUACAUGGUGGGAUAACUUAAAUAAUUUGAAUCAGUUUGUUGACCAUGAGAAAAUACACAGAAUGUGAAUGUGGAGAUGAAUGAUUAGUAAAGUACUAAAAAUGUUUCUGCUUAGUAAACUUAAAAUGAUUUUUUAAAAAUUGGGUUCCCCAUUAGAAUUCUCAUUGGAUACAUUGGUACGUUACAACCUGAAUUUGUGUGGAAAAGAUGCUGACAAUUCUUGUAUCACACACCCCACAUAUAUGCACUCCUAUUUGUAAAGGACAUUUGUGAAAGAUUAUUUUUAAAAAGCAAAUCAACUAAACUUAACCUGUCUAAACAGUCCUAACAAAUAAGUGAAGCUCUUUAUUUGCAAUGUGUUGAGACGUUUUCAGAACUUGUAGAGCACUUUAUUUUCCAGGUGCUUUACAUAUCAUUAAAGUUUUAUAAUAGUCCAGAAAAAUGUGCAACAGAAACUGUUUGCUUGGCUUCUUCAGAACAGCUCAAAUUAACUUUCCGUAUUAAGAUAUUAAAUUAGGGGAGCAGGUCGAAGGUAAUUAAAUGGUGUAUGUCCUGAUUUCUAUCAGUCUGUGUUCUCAGAAUUUCAGGGGACAGACAGUCUAUUUGUAAAAUGGAAAUUGGGUCAUACUCUACCACAGGGGUUCUUACCACUGGUUCUGUUAACAUUUGGGCUGGGUAAUUCUUUGUUGUGGGGGUUCAUCCUGUGCAUUAAAGGACAUUUAGCAGCAUCCUUGGGUUGUACCCACUAUUUGCCAUUGGUACCCAUUCCCCCAUCA